UAGAUGUCUUCGUUGCCUAGCAACUGUUUUGGAUCAAGCAGUCAAACACAGAGAUAGUUUGCGAUGCGCUUUUUAAACACUUUAUUAUGAAAAAUGUGGAAAUCGUCGAUCAUCACAGCAUCAGAUCGCAUUUUUCCCGGUUUAGCUCGUCACGAUACAAAAAAGGAAUUUUACGAUAUUGGAAAUCAGAUCAAAUCUAAUUUACCUCUACAAAUAGCUCUGUACUUCAACGUACGCUAUUAUCCCGUAUGGGUAUUGUUUCUGAUCUACUACUUGGAUGCUAAAUACUACGAUUUAUCACAAGUAUACAAGUUUGUAUCUGUGGCAGCUUUUUUGGCUGUAACAGUUUUGGAAGGCACCAGACUUUACUUAGGAUAUCUUGGCAAUCUCAGUGAAAAAAUUCCGGAAUUAGCUAGUUUUUGGCUGAUGUCUUUGCUUCUUCAAUUACCAUUGGAAAUGUUUUUAGUAUUCGAUCGUAAUUCUAUUUACUAUCCUAAUGAAAGAAUUUUCAAUGUAGUAGCAUUCACAUUUUUAGCUAUUGAAAUAGUAACUGGCACAUUUGUUUUGAAAAAAUCAGCGGAUCAUCAUGCGAAGAGGUUUUACAUGGCUCAAAUGUACGGAAUCGAAGAUACGAUAAAAUAAUCUCUAAUUAUGUUGUAGCUUAAUUAAAACUUUAUUGCCUUUUUUAUGAAAAUAACUGUAUUUCAGACAAUAUUUGUAUUAAACUUAUAUAAUUAAAUAAGGUUACUCGAUUGAUUACU